AUGUACGGUUCUGCAGGAGUGGUUAUACUUUCCAUAUCCUUGGCAUUGGCUACCAAUGCAGCUGUUGUUCCCAUUUUGCAACACCAGUCGGCCGUAGACGAUGUCAAUUCACAAAAAGAAGUUAUGGCAAACGCAUCCUUAGAGUCUGUAGAAGCUUUGAAAGCCCGACAAGAGUUCCCUGGAUGGCUACACGACUUUACUAAAAUGAACGAAUGGCCUGGACUAAAUCCACCUUAUAUACCACUAGAUUUUAUUGAUUUCUCCAAAAUUCCAAAUAUUCCACUACGGAAAUCAGGCAUUUGUCCAUCCAGUCGAGCACAGUGCUCCUUCGACUGCUUUAAAUGUGUUGGUCAUGAUGAUGUCUAUACAUGUCCAAAGUUAUCCCAAACUUUCGAUGAUGGGCCUUCCAAGUACACAUUGCAUUUGUUGAACAGGCUAGAAAGUGAAGCAACCUUUUUCACAUUGGGAAUCAAUAUUAUCAAGUACCCGGAGGUGUACAAAGAGACACAACGAAGAGGACAUUUGCUUGGUUCUCAUACCUGGUCGCAUAAAUUCUUGCCAGCUUUAACGAAUGAGGAGAUAAUUGCACAAUUCGAAUGGUCAAUUUGGGCCAUGAAUGCAACUGGUCACCAUUUACCCAAAUGGUAUAGACCUCCGUAUGGAGGACUUGAUGACCGUGUCAGAGCUAUUGCAAGAAUGUUUGGUAUGCAAGCUGUUUUGUGGGACCACGAUUCGUUUGACUGGCAAAUGGAAAUAGUUCCACAACAACGCACUAGAAGGCAAAUAUAUGGCGACGUGUAUAGGUGGGCGGAACAAGGCGGUGGGCUAAUUCUAGAGCAUGACGUCUAUGGAUCAACUACCAAUGUAGGUGCAGAAAUCAGUAGAAUUAUUGGGCCAGAUCAAAUGACCGUUGCUCAAUGUGUUGAUGGGCUCAAUUAUGUAAAGGAGUUUGAUUGA